UCGUUCUUUCUUUUUUUCUUUCUUUUUUCUCUUUUCUUUCUUUCUUUUUUUUUUUUUCUGUUAGGAGUCAAUAUGCAAUGAUCAAUACAUAUGGUUUCAAAUCUUCCUCUACAACAAUUACCAUUCAGUUACUUCCUUCCUAUUCGGAUCUGUGUCAUUACAUUUACAAUCAUAUCGUUAUUUUCCUCAGUGGCGACCAGCUUGACUUAUGUGUGUUUAUGGUUCAACAACAGGAAACAUGCACAACGAUUGACACUGCAAUAUGUGAUGGUGGCAGUGGUGGCAUUGAUAGUGGUUGAAAUCUUGGAUAUAGUGAACUGGACUGUGGCUGGCAAUUCGGAUUACUGCGAAAAUACAAGUGUUGUGAUCAUGGCAUUCAACACUGUUGCUGUUUCGGCCUUGGGAACGAUUGGAUUAAAUUUGAUGAUCAUUCUAUAUGGUGAUAUGCGAAAACAAAAAUGGGCUUCUCGUUUUUAUCCUUUGGGGAUCAUUUCUUUUUCCUUGAUUGCUUGUUCAGCUACCAUUCAUCAAAUUACUACAAAUGACGCUAUUACCAACCAUUAUUCAGUACCUCGUAGUUGUUGGUAUUAUUCAAGACAUUUUUACAGUCCAACCAAAAUAGGAUUUCACUGGUUAUGGUAUUAUUGUUUUCUAUUUUUAAUUAUUGUCUCAUCGGCUGUAUUUGGGGGUAUGUCUAUGUGGAAAUUAUCUCGUGAUUAUCGUUUGAAAGAACCAACAACGCAAGAUUCUUCUUCAUCAUCUAGUGUAUUCUUCAAGGUUGGCAUUCGAUGUAUUCUUUAUUCACUUGUUCCGAUAGUUACAAACGUUUGGGCAUUUAUUAUGCAGUUCGUUGAAUUCGAACCACAACGAUCCUCUUAUCCUCUCUCCAUUGUGGAUGCCAUCUUCUCUUCAGCUGCUGGUUUGUUAGUUGCCGCCAUCUUCUAUAGUGAACCUACGACCGUGGCUUUUAUCAAGGACAUUUAUCAUCACCAAAGAAAGUCAACCCCAGUCAAUGAUAACAAUGACAAUAAUACUGGACAAGUUUCAUCUUCAACAACAACUGUAGAAGCAGGUGCAAGCAAAUCAAAAUCAGAGGAUACAGGUCAGCCAUCAUCUUCAAAUAUAUCAACUCAAUCUCACUCGAUUCCACUUGAUCGUGAUGGUCAAAGAUUAUCAACAAUAGUAUCGGAAAACUCACAAGUACCAUUCUAGUUUUUAAUUAUGAAUAGCCUCGAUAUACACGUGUCAAUUUUCUAGGUAGAUGAUUGUCCAGAUAGAUAUAGAUUAUAU